AUGUUUGCCCUUUUAGGUUCGGUGGCUGCUUCUCCAAGUGGCGCCUUGGAGUUUCUAACUGGCACCAUUACCUCCAACGAGUGGAGUUCUCCCACCUCCCCUGAGGGGAGCAACGACUCAGGGGGCAGUGAGGCCUUGGACAAGCCGAUCGACAAUGAUGCUGAGGGUGUGUGGAGUCCGGACAUUGAGCAGAGCUUCCAGGAAGCGCUAGCCAUUUACCCGCCAUGUGGGCGGCGGAAGAUCAUCCUGUCGGAUGAGGGCAAGAUGUACGGUCGAAAUGAGUUGAUUGCCCGCUAUAUUAAACUGAGAACAGGGAAAACACGCACAAGGAAACAGGUAUCUAGUCACAUCCAGGUGCUGGCACGUCGAAAAGCUCGAGAGAUCCAAGCCAAGCUAAAGGAUCAGGCAGCUAAAGAUAAAGCCAUGCAGAGUAUGGCCACAAUGUCAUCUGCCCAGAUCAUCUCCGCAACUGCCUUCCACAGUAAAAUGGCAUUGCCUGGCCUCCCACGACCAGCCUACCCUGCUGUUUCUGGGUUUUGGCAAGGAGCUUUGCCUGGCCAAGCUGGACCCUCUCAAGACGUGAAGCCGUUUUCUCAGCAACCUUAUGCUGUUCAACCUCCACUCCCAUUACCAGUGUUUGAGUCUCCUGCUGGACUCUCACCGUCACCAUCAGCUCCACCGUGGCAAGGACGAAGGGUUGCCAGCUCCAAACUGUGGAUGUUAGAAUUUUCUGCAUUCUUGGAACAACAACAAGACCAAGACACAUAUAACAAGCACCUGUUUGUGCACAUCGGACAGUCCAGCCCCAGCUACAAUGACCCCUACCUCGAAGCAGUGGACAUCCGGCAGAUCUAUGACAAGUUCCCUGAGAAGAAAGGGGGGCUGAAGGAGCUCUUUGAAAGGGGGCCAGCCAACGCCUUCUUCCUUGUCAAGUUCUGGGCUGAUUUGAACACCAACAUUGAAGAUGAAUCCAGAUCUUUCUAUGGUGUUUCCAGCCAAUAUGAGAGCCCAGAAAAUAUGAUCAUUACCUGCUCCACUAAAGUGUGCUCCUUCGGAAAGCAGGUGGUAGAGAAAGUGGAGACGGAGUAUGCCCGCUAUGAGAAUGGACACUAUUCCUAUCGCAUCCACCGCUCCCCGCUCUGCGAGUACAUGAUUAAUUUCAUCCACAAACUCAAACAUCUUCCAGAGAAAUACAUGAUGAACAGCGUGCUGGAGAACUUCACUAUUUUACAGGUCGUGACGAACAGGGACACUCAGGAGACUUUGCUGUGCAUAGCGUACGUUUUUGAGGUCUCCACUAGUGAUCACGGUGCUCAGCAUCACAUCUACCGGCUGGUGAAGGACUAAAGACUCUCUGCCCCUGGACCGCCUAUGGGAAUAUAUAUCUGAGGGAAAAGCCCAUGCCUGAACUACCCCCACCCCUUCCUGAUACCAAACUGAGAAAUAAACUUACAGAUAUUGUGUAUUUUCAGAAAA